CCCACUCCCCCGCUUUACUGUGAAGGGUCUGGAUUUGGCUUCUUGUUUCUCUUCCUUUCUCUGUUUCUUUAGACCUGACUACUCUGAUGUGUCUCCCUGGAAUGUUCACUCUAACCCUCCCUCCCCCUCCGUGUCUGGUCGUUGCUUCCCACCAACCGUUCUGUGCCCGCCUCUGGCUAGGUGGUCAGGUACUUCAUAUGCCAGCAACAAAGCUAUUUAAAUCUUCUGGGGAGAAGCUGGCUGACUGGGACCAAGAGAGGGAGUGAUCAUCGCAGCCUUGAAACAGGCUGUGGUUCAUCCAGUACUAAAGAAACCUACCGUGGACCCAUGAGAUGUCAAGAAUUAACAACCAGUCUUGAACAAGGUGUUGAAACCACUAUGCAACCAGGUGCAGAGAGGGCCCGGAUACGGCCCAAGAAACCAGACAUGGCCCUGUAUGUUCCCAGAGCACGGCGCGAAAUUGCAGCAUCAAAAACCAGCACCUUAUUGGCAACCAAGAGAGAGGUGAAUCAUUGUCCAUCAGGGAAGGAGGUCAUUAAAGAACAUGAAGCAAGGCCAUCCAGAGACUGUAGAGAUGCAUUCCACCAGAUCAGCUCAAAUUCAAACAUGCAGUACAAGGAGAGGCCACAGUCCCUACGUAAGCCCAAACCAUACUUGUUCUUACCUUCUCCUGGAUUCCUAAGCCAGACACCAGCAUUACUGCCAAACACUGAAGUAGAGGAACCUCUUGAAUGCGGCACUGUGCUCUCCACCAGCUUACUGGAGAGGAUGGCCAGUCUUCAAAUCCUACCAGGUGUCACUAGUGCCGACUGCACUGGGGAACAAAAGCAUAUAUUUCCAUCUGCAGGGCAAGGGACUUGCAGCAUUGAGAUGAGCCAACAGACAGGAGCAUUCCUCCCAGACCAGGUAGGGCUGAGUGAGGAGAAUGUGCUUCAGUGUGCUAAGGAGAGGCUCUCUGAUCAGACAGAGAUGAGUGAAGAUAGUACACUGGCCAGCAAGGUUAAGCAUCUGAGUAGAUGUGAUUUGAGAUCAUCUAGGGUAAGUGGGGAUGCUAUGUUUGAAAACUCAGGCAGAGAGGCCACAGGUAGCAGAGAGGUACGUAAGGAUUGCUCAUCAAAGUGUUCAGGUGAGAGAAUAUCAGAUGAAGCAGACAGCAAUAAUUGCAUUUUGAGGCACAUUAGCAAUACACAUAGCACAUGUAAAUACAUAAGCAACUGCAAUCAGACAGAGAUAAAUGACAGUAGCACAUUGGAAUAUACUCCCAAGAGAGUUCCAAAUGAGACAGGCCUGAAGGAAGUUAGUGUGACUGAGGUUGCUGGCAGGAAUGUCCUGGCUCAAGAGGAAGUGAGUAAGUAUAGCACCCUAAAGCAUGAAGAGAGCAAGAAUGGCGCAAACGGACAUGCAAUUGAAUACAUGUCUGAUCAGAACAUUAAUAAUGUAUCUAGCUGUGUGGAUGAGAGCAUGUUGACAAGCAGCAUAGCAGUUAAGGCAGUCAAACAACUCUCAGGUUCCUCAGGGCUAACUGCAGGCUAUAACUGCUUAGAUGGGCACUGUGGGAGGCUGGAUGUUCUGCCCAGUUGCAUGUUCAAGGAGGGUGAACUGGGACAGGAGUGUGGCAAUGAGAAGAGGGAUGACUUCUCUCACCACAUCUGCCAAUGCAAGCCUUAUGAGUCUGAGGCUUCAGUGACAGUAGGAGAUGCCCCAUUUGUUUUAGAAGAUCAAAAUUCAAAUGGCAAGCACAAUCCUGAGGCAAGAUAUUCUGCCAAGGGGGCUACCAGCUGCUUACCAGAAUGUACCUCUAAGGAGAUACAAUUGUCAGUUGUGGGGGAUCCCAAGAGCACACUGGACCAAGCAGAAGCACCCUUGGGUAGGACCUCAAUGGAAGAUCCAGCCCAGAAAGAUAUGGGCAUCAGGUUACAGCAUCUGUCUGGAGACAGGGCAGAAGGAGAAGCUGAACCAAGUGUGCCAUCCAUCUGGGAGGAGCCCGCUGGAACCAGUGUUGGUCCUGCUACACUCAGUGAGGAUGGCAACAUGGCAAAUGAGAGCUGGGAUUCUCUCUUCAAUGAUGAUGGUGAUUGCCUGGACCCACGGUUGCUGGAGGGGCUGUCUGGCCAUGCAUCACCCCCUUCAGGAUUUCAAGAACCACGCUUUGACUACUACAGCUACUCACCAGCUAAUCUGGACCUGAGUGACUCCAAGUUUCCACAUGUCAUUGAGAUCUAUGACUUCCCACCAGAAUUCCGCACAGAGGACUUGCUGCGUGUUUUCUGCAGUUACCAGAAGAAAGGUUUUGACAUUAAAUGGGUUGAUGAUACGCAUGCUCUGGGUGUCUUCUCCAGCCCCUUUGCAGCUCAAGAUGCUCUCAGUACCAAGCACUUGAUGGUGAAAACCCGACCACUAUCACAGGCCACUAGAGCUGCGAAGUCCAAGGCCCAAUCCUAUGCUGAAUUCCUGCAACCAUCCAAAGAACGUCCUGAGACUUCAGCUGCUCUGGCCAGGAGACUGGUGACAGGUGCCCUUGGUGUGCGGAGCAAGCAGAGCAAGACAGAACGUGAAGCUGAACGCCAGCAGUUACAGGCAGCCCGAGAGCGGAAGCGUCUGGAGGCCAAACAGAGGGAAGAUGCUUGGGAAGGCCAUGAGUGAGCUAACACUAUUGUGAGGUGCAGAUCCAUGACCAGAGAUUACACUCAAUGAGGCAGAAUUGGAGCUCCAAAUGAGCUGGGCCCUUACAACGCUGGAGAAUUUCUGUCAUGUCCUGUGGGAUAAGCAGCAAAGUGAAGGUCCUUGCUUACAACCAAAAGGUGUUAUGUGUGGGCUCAAGCAAAGAUCCCUCUAAGUUGUUUCUGAGGCCUGUGGAUAGUGGUGUUGGAGUGCUCCACAGUGUUUCAGCAUGAGUUUCGAUGUGGACAUCAUGCCCAAAGACCUGUGGCUGGCACUGUUCACUGAAGUGGUUAUGCAUUACAAAUACGCAGGUGUUAGAGCCUUCCUGGAUGCUGUGCCUGCCAACAUUAUGGUCAUCAGAUGAAGUUUUCGGAGACUGUGCUGAGCUGUGGCAGUUUUUUAAACAAACCAGCAAUAAUACCUAAGUGUUCACUGUUGAAUUCUGCUAUUAAAGUAUCUUUAUUUUACGUA